AUGUUCAGAUAUUCUGUGAUUGGCCAGCUGACGGGGCGCACACAGGCGUCCUCCCGCCCAAUUCAGUUCCGCGCCAGCCCAGAACGCACGCCGACCCGCGCGCCCCUGAAAAAUAUGUCCGCGAACCCUCCCAGGCUCCCCCCGCGACUCCACACUCUGUCUGACGGCGCGCGCGGCACACAGCAGAUCGUGAUUCGUGGCUGCGCCGCCCCAACGCCUCUCUGAUCGCUCGUACUCAUGAGCUCUCCCCGUGGCGCACGGCCUAGCCUAUGAAAGGUAUAUCUUGCCUCCCGGGGGGAGGCUGCUGGGCUUUCUGUCGGGGACUCCUGUCCGGCUGCGUCGUGUCUUCGAGGUACAUUGUACGCCGCCCCGCGCCGCCCCAGUACGAGUCCGACGGGCUGACCUUCCGCCCGAACGUGCCUCCGGACGGACGCACUUCGUGUCCACGUUCAAUUUCGACGGCAGCGUUCUCGCGGCGCUCCCAGACGUUCGCAGCGCCUUCGGUUUCCGGUGGAACGUUCGCGCGUCCGUGCACUCCGAUCUGCAGAUACGGCCAUCGCACGACGCAAUCUUCGCGCAAAGGGAUUACACGAGAUAGGAUCCGCACGGCUCGGAGUACGCGUACGUGCCAGUGGACGGCUCCAGACUCGAGCUCUAGUAACUCAGGCCCGUCCAUGUACAACGCUGGUACCGCUGGUGCUCGCCUACUCAGUCGGACGAUGCGCUCCUGCCGUCCUUCAUGCACUCGGCAAGAUUCACCCAACUCCAAGCUCUCUCCAAGCUCUCUGCACCUGUCGGCCGGAUGCACUUGCAGGCGCCCUCAGCUCACCCGAAUCCAGAACGGUUCGACCAGAGGCUGGCCACCGCACCCUCGAUUAAUGCUCCACAACCCUACCGUCAACAAGUAUCCGGGUCCGCUGCAGCGCGGAGCCGCUGUCCACCCUUUUACAUACGCCCGGCUAGCCGGUACGCCGUCCCGCCCGCACGUCUCAGACAAAACCCUAAGUCAGCCUCCGUUCCAGGACUUGAAGGGAUGUUGACCAGUCCCCGCACUGCAUCCAUGUCCUGCCAGGUGGCUCGUCCACUCGACCAC